AAUCUCUUGGAAUAUGCGUUGUCAUGUUAGCUAGUCAACUCUAGUCAAGCACAGCUGUUAAACUUUUGAACUAAUUCCCUUGGAGUGGCCGCGAGAGGAGGAGGAAUGAGGGCUAAGCUAUGGAGCGACGAGCGGGUGCGAACGCUCGUCCUGGUGAAUCUCGCCAGUGUCAUGGAGCAAGCGGACGAGGCGCUCCUCCCAGGUGUGUACAAAGAGAUAGGCGAGAGCCUCCACACGGGCCUAGCGGCACUUGGGUCUCUCACGCUCCUCCGAUCGAUCACCCAAGCGCUGUGCUUCCCUUUCGCCGCUUACUUCAGCCUCCACUACGAUCGCUCCAAAGUGAUCGCCAUCGGCGCUUUCCUGUGGUCAAUUGCCACGUUCUUCGUGGGGAUCUCUCAAACCUUCACGCAAGUAAGUCGUAGAUCCAUCGUACUUAGCUCUAGAUCUCGAUCGCUUCGCUUAGUGGGUCUUGGAUAUCUCGCGCAGAUCGCAGUGUGGAGAGCUCUCAAUGGAGUCGGGCUGGCGCUGGUCGUCCCCGCGAUCCAGUCGCUCGUAGCUGAUGCUUGCGACGAAUCCAAGCGCGGCCAGGCGUUUGGAUGGCUGCAGCUCACGGGCAGCGUGGGGACGAUACUUGGUGGGUUCUUGUCGAUCAUCUUGGCCGGGACGAGCUUCCUCGGGAUCUCGGGAUGGAGGCUCUCGUUCUUGCUGGUGACGGCCAUCAGCGUGGUUCUCGGGAUCUUGCUCUUGAUCUUCGCGGUGGAUCCUGCCGCCAAAGCGAAGAGGGAGCGGGGAUUUGCCGGAGUGUGGAGUGGCCUCAAAGAAGCGACUCAAGAAGGAAAGAUGGUGAUCAACGUAAAAACUUUCCAGUUCUUGGUAGCGCAGGGUGUUGUUGGCACCUUCCCUUGGGCAUCGCUAGCGUUUGCUCCACUUUGGCUGGAGCUCAAAGGAUUCAGCCACACGCACACAGCGUUUCUUCUCGGCCUGUUCACGGCUUGCGGAUCUCUGGGAGGCCUCUUCGCUGGAACUUUGGGAGACACCAUCUCUAAACAUCUCCCGGACUCUGGGAGAAUCAUCCUCGCUCAGUUUAGCUCCGGCUCUGGAGUGCCACUUACGGCGAUUCUACUGCUGGGCUUGCCACCGAGAUCUAAUUCGCUGCUGCUCCACGCUCUCAUCUUCGCCGUGCUAGGAUUUUGUACGUCGUGGAAUGCUCCAGCCACCAACAAUCCAAUCUUUGCGGAGAUCGUCCCCGAGAAGUCCCGGACAACGAUCUACGCAUUGGAUCGGUCCUUCGAGUCGGUUCUCGCUUCGUUUGCUCCUCCCAUCGUGGGCUUGCUCGCGGAGCACUUGUAUGGAUACGUGCCGCCGCCACCUACGUCCAAGAAUCCAGUGGAGGCUAACAGUGGCGAUGCCGUGUCUCUGGGAAAGGCCCUCUACACCGCCUAUGCCAUACCCAUGGCGACUUGUUGCUUGACAUACACCUUCCUCUACUGGUCGUAUCCCAAGGACCGGGACAGGGUGGUGAAUUCGUUCCAAGCUCAAACCGAGAUGAGCACUGGCUUGAGCAAGGUGACUUACGAGAAGUCGAGCAAUGGUUAUUUUGUAAACGAGGAGCUGCAAGAGGACAAGGAAGAGCAUGAGCCAGAAGCAGAAAAUGAGCUUACCAGCAUUAUCGGUUCUUAACAUAUGGUUACAAAAACUUGGGAAGAUUGUUGAGCGGAUUCUUGUUCGAUCGCCAAAGUUUUGCAAAUUUUAGAUGAAAGCUGAUCAACUAUGAAUGUAAAGAGUGGAACUUAUCUGA